AUGGCAUCAACUUCUGAGCUUGCUUGUGUGUACAGUGCUCUCAUUCUCCACGACGAUGGUGUUCCCGUCACGGUAGGUAGUAAAAUCCAAAAUGGCGGUUUUGCCUUGACAAGAAGUUAGGAGAUUAUUUAUUUACGUGGCUGUGAUGAUACUACACCUCUGACAUAUGAUCGUUAAGGGUGAUUCCACUUUAUAAUCUGAGCCACAACCGGCUGCUAAAUCAUAGAAAACUGCACUUUAGACACUUCACAUCAGUCAUAAUGUUCGUUUUGAUUUUUCGUUUCCACGUGUUGUUAUCUACCAAGACUUGUAAAAAUUAACUGGGUUUAUUUUUUUAUCAGGGCUUCAAGGGCAGAAAUUGAACAGGAGAAUGAUAGUCUAGGGAACAAUGCACGCCAAAAUAUGACUUUUUUCUUUUUCUCUGAGAGAUUUGUUACCCAAAAAUGUGGGUCUGCCUGUUGCCAACUUGAAAGUCAUAACUUUUAAGACGUGUAAUAUUGAGCACGUAAAAUUUCCGCUCAGGCCCAUACAUUUAUUAUGCAUGCUGCAAUUUCAUACUGUUCCACACAAAUAUUCAGUUCCUUCUGUAGGUACCUACGCACAGAUUACGUGCAACAAAAGUAACAAUAGAGUACCGAAGUGUGACGUCAUAGAAAAUGAAAUUUGUACAGGUAAUAGCAUGAUUUGUAGUGAUAUUUGGCAUAAAUACCACGAGUGAUAUUUCAAAACUGUUAUAUGAAAUUUCACGAGCUGUUAGGCGAGUGAAAUUUGAGACAAUUUUGAAAUAUCACAAGUGGUAUUUCUGCCAAAUAUCACUACGAAUCAUGCUAUUAUUUGUUUUUACUACUACCCGGGAAAGGUUUGUAAUUUUCACAUGUAGGUAUUUCAAAUUAAGCUGAAAUACCACUGCUCUAAACCAAUCAGAUUGUAGAAAUUUCUCAUGUAGUAGUAUAAGUGAAAUUAUGGGAUUUGUUAAGAUAUUCUGAAAGAAAAACGUCCAAGACGCCUACUCCCCAAAAAUUAGCAAUCUGGGGCAGAUUGUCUCUGAGAUAUUAGCCCAGUUAUGCUCUGAUGACUCCAUACAAAUCCUUCUAAAUCUUACCUGGUUCCUAAUCUUAUGAACCGAGCCAAAUUUAGAAGGAUUUGUAUGGAAUUGUCACAGCAUAACUGGGCUAAUAUCUCAGAGACAAUUUGCCCCGAAUUGAUAAUUUUUUGGUGAGUAGGCAUCUUGGACGUUGUUCUUUCAGAAUAUCUUAACAAAUCCCAUAAUUUCACAAAUUUCAUUUUUAUGACCUCAUCACUUCGGUACUCUAUACAACUAAAUAAUAAAGCCCCCAGGAGAACUCAUAUUGUUUGGUUCCUUUUGUUUCUUUUGUGAUAAUAGUACUUGCAGAAAGACACAAAUAUUCAAUUUGAGUGGAGUUGAAUCAUGUACACAUAGUAAAUUUAUGUAGCUAUGCCGAAAUCUUUCCCUUAAACAGGGUUGUCACUAAGAUUUCAAGUUACCGGGUAAAUACAACAAGUAGGCGGGGAAUCAAACAGCUACGGUUUUCUUUUGGUUCCAUUUGUCUUUGAGAGUAGCAGGGCGGUACAUUCAUAGUACCUGGUGACUUCCCCUGGCCCCUACCUCUUAAUGACAGCUGAGCUUAAAAUAAUAAUCCAAAAAAGACUGAAUUUAAAUUUUGCUAAGGUCAGGAAAGCUUUGGUUCCAUACGAGGCUGUGCUCUGGCAGCUCCCAGUGGCUCCUGGUGCCUAACUUUUACUCUCAGGACCCAGUUGUUUGAAAGCCAAUUAGUACUGACCCUGGAUUAAAUUUUAAUCUGGGUUUCUUAUUCUUCUGUUCAAAAUCAUUUUCUUGGAUAAUUUUCUCUAUUCUUUAUAGAGCUUCAGAUCAUUACAUUGCUGGCAAAAAGAAUUACACUGUGAACUGAAUUUACUUUUAAAGCUUUAAUAUCUGAAUUUAAACUUUGUACAAACCCUGGGUUACCUUAACUCUGCUUUGAACAACGUGGCCCUGGUGACUAGAAAAUCUUAUGCUUUCAUGAAAAUCAUAUGCAGAGCACCCUGGAUUUCACAGGUUCAGAGGACGGUGUUCCCUUCAGUUAAUCUUAGAGCACAGCCUUGCCAUGUUACAGAAUUCUUUACUAGGGAAGAUUCCACAAAAUGUUUGCAGUACUUUUUUUAAUAAAGUGUACUUGGUUUUGAUGCAAUUAGCAUUCAAUUGAACAAGGUUAAUUCUUUAAAAUUCAACAGGCCGAUAAAAUUGAAAAGCUAAUCAAGGCUGCCAAGGUUGAGGUUGAGCCUUUCUGGCCAGGCUUGUUUGCCAAAGCCCUUGAAGGGCACAAUCUGGACAGUCUUAUCCAGGCCGCUGGUUCUCCAGGUGCUGGUGGUGCUGCCCCUGCUGGAGGAGCUGCUCCUGCUGGUGGUGGUGAUGCUCCAGCAGCCAAGGAAGAGGAGAAGAAAGAAGAAAAGAAGGAGGAGGAGGAGGAAGAGUCUGAUGACGAUAUGGGAUUUGGUAAGUUAAGGAUAACAAGUUUGAAGGGCCGAUAA